UCCUUUAUUUCUAUCAUCUUCUUCUAUCAUUUACCAUAAGGACCAAUUUUCAUCAUUUUCAUUUUAUUUGCUAAAUCUGCAUGCUUUUUACUUUCUAAUUCUAGUUGACUUUGGUAUCUAACAGUUAUUUUUGGCCUUCCAAUUGGAUAACCGACGUUGGGUUCUUCCGGAUUAAUUCAGGGUUUUGGAUAUUCACAUUUUGGUCAACCAGGUUUUCUUGUCAUUUUAAUUAGGUAGGAAGCACAGAGGCUUAUAACUAAUAUCAAUAUUCUAAGCCAAACAUGUUGUGUUCUUUAAGCUGCAACGUGGCUCCGAAUAUGAGGAGGCCGGCGCUUGAUGGGCAGCAAACUCAGGAGCUGUGACAAGACAACGCUAAAGAGGUGGUUUUUCAUUGACAAAAAUAAAAAGAUUAGUCUGGAUUUCGGAUUCAUUCUAGUUUAUUGCCUUAUUCUCAACCAGGGCCUUCAAUCUCCACUAGUGAUCUAAUGACUCCAAGAAAGAAGCCAGGGAGGCUUGACGACGUUCGUUCUAACGGUUGGCUUGAUGCAAUGAAGUCUUCUUCACCUCCUAGUAAGAAGGUUCAAAGGGAAGCAGACGCCGAGGAUUUUAUUGAUGAUGCUAAAGUUAUUUACUCUUCUUGGAUGUUCAAGUAUCCAUCGGCUCUUAACUCCUUUCAGCAAAUCGUUAGCCAUGCAAAGAAUAAAAAGAUUGUUAUCUUUUUAGACUAUGAUGGGACUCUUUCUCCAAUUGUAGAUGAUCCUGACCGUGCUUUUAUCUCCGCUGAUAUGCGUUCUGCUGUCAGGGAUGUUGCAAAGCAUUUCCCAACAGCCAUCAUCAGUGGAAGAAGCCGUGAUAAGGUUUAUCAGUUGGUAGGACUAACUGAACUCUAUUAUGCUGGUAGUCAUGGUAUGGACAUCAUGCUUCCGAUUAGAAAUGAAGUGUGCACUAAUGGUUCACUUAUUAAAUCUACUGACCAGCAGGGCAAGGAAGUUAACCUGUUCCAGCCUGCUCGUGAAUUCUUACCUAUGAUUGACGAGGUUUUUAGAACCCUUGUCGAUAAAACUAAAGAAGUAAAAGGUGCAAAAGUUGAGAACCACAAGUUUUGUGCCUCUGUACAUUACCGUAACGUAGAUGAGAAUAGUUGGUCCGUCGUUGCCCAAUGUGUCCAUGAUGUCUUGAAAGAGUACCCUCGACUACGACAAACUCAUGGGCGGAAGGUUUUAGAGGUCCGUCCUGUAAUAGACUGGGACAAAGGAAAAGCAGUUGAGUUUUUGCUUGAAUCACUAGGUUUUCGAAAUAGCCAUGAUGUGCUUCCUAUUUAUAUUGGAGAUGACAGAACAGAUGAAGAUGCAUUCAAGGUUUUGAGGGGGAGAUAUCAAGGUUACGGAAUUCUUGUUUCGACUAGCCCAAAAGAGAGUAAUGCUAUCUUCUCUCUCAGGGAUACUUCAGAGGUUAAAGAAUUCUUGGAAUCUCUUGCAAAAACGAUGGAAAACCAAGAAAUAUAAAAUGAGAAGGAGGGGCAGGGGAGCAGGAGGGAUAGUAUAGAUAAGAAACAUUACAUUAUGUUUCUACAAUUUUAUAAAUAAGUUGAAGCAAUCUCUUUAUCAUUCUGCAAGAAUUUUGUUUUCAUUUUUUGUAAUUCCUUUUCUCGGAUUUUCAUAUAUUACCUUUGGGUAGAAGAGGGUACUGCAAAGUCAAGCUUGUCCCCCAUUAGCGGUGUUAGCAGCUGCUUUACCAGCCUUAUUACCACGAGCAUUAGGAGUGUUGUUAGCAUUGCCAUCAGACGGAUUAUUCCUCUGGCCAGAAGAGUUAGCCAUUUCACACAGCCGCUUCCUACACUCCCUCUUAAUGUGACCCCUUAUACCUUGAAAUUUGAAAAGAAGGCCCUUCUUCCCCGAGUUAUUGUGAUGGGCAGUGCACUUGGGACCAAAUGUUUCAGAUUUUCUGUCAUUUCCCAAUAUUGAAUACACACACAAAAACAAUUUGUUAUCUUCUUAUUUUCUUCAAUUUUGUUUUUGUAGAGAUGAGAAAAUUUGUUUUAAUGCUUCAACACAGCCAUGUUGUGAA